CACAGGUUCUACUCAAAGCUGUAAGCUGCCCAAGUGAACGUUUCAAGUUUCAAGCACAGAGGAGAACAGAGUUCAACAAUGGCUGGGGUUGGGCAGCAGCAGCAGCAGCAGGGUGUUGUCAUUCCCAGAGUGAAACUGGGUACUCAAGGACUUGAGGUCUCCAAGUUGGGAUUUGGUUGUAUGGGGCUAACUGGAUUUUAUAACGAUCCUGUCCCUGAAGAAGUUGGCAUAUCAAUCAUCAAGCAUGCAUUUCACAGUGGGAUUACUUUCUUUGAUACUUCAGAUUUCUAUGGAGCUAAUACUAAUGAAGUAUUAGUUGGAAAGGCUUUGAAGCAGCUACCUCGGGAGAAGGUACAAUUAGCCACUAAAUUUGGUAUUGUGAAAUUGGAUUCAAAUGGUGUCAUAAUAAAAGGUACUCCAGAAUAUGUUCGUUCCUGUUGUGAGGCUAGCCUGAAUCGCCUUGGUGUGGAAUAUAUUGAUCUUUAUUACCAACACAGGAUUGAUACAACAGUACCAAUAGAAGAUACUAUGGGUGAACUUAAGAAGUUGGUGGGAGAAGGAAAAAUCAAGUACCUUGGUUUAUCUGAGGCAAGCCCUGAAACCAUUAGGAGAGCUCAUGCAGUUCAUCCCAUUACCGCUUUGCAAAUGGAGUGGUCCCUCUGGACACGUGAUAUUGAGGAAGAAAUAGUCCCACUUUGCAGGGAACUGGGAAUUGGGAUAGUUCCAUAUAGCCCUCUUGGUCGUGGACUUUUUGGUGGGAAAGCUGUGGUGGAAAGUAUACCUGCAAAUAGUUAUCUGGUAUGCAUCUAAUCUUUAUCUUUAUGAACUUAUCAUAUAUAUAAAUCUUGUAAAGCAAA